ACAGCAAUAGGAUUAGAGAAUCAGUGAGGCGGCUGAAUCCCUAACUCAUGCAGUUGAUCUUCUUGCAUGCUGAGAGACAAGCACUGCAGCUUUUUCAACUUGUAAGCACAUUUUUUUUUUCUCGGAAGACAUCAUAUUUUAAUGGAGAUUCUGUGGAAUAUUUUUCCAAUUCACUGACUUUCCCUGAAAGUGUGUUUUUUGCUGGAAAGUCUUGGUCUUGUAAGGAGCCGCCACGAUGGAGAGUAUAAAACCGAGGUUGAAAGUGCUGAAGAAGCGGCGCUCCAGUCUUUUUGCCACGAUAAAACGGGAAAUUAGCUUUUCGCAUAGCAUCGAGGAACAGGAGAGUGAAUUCCCUUUUUCCCAAGGCAGUUCUAUAAAGCUCUGGACAUCCAUGGACAACCUGGACAAUCCUGAUGGACAGAAAAGUAAGAAAAAAGACGCACCAAACCCGAGGAAAUCAAACAUCGUUAACCUCAACGUGGGUGGUAAGGUCUUUCACAUCCCCAAACAUCUGGUCCUCAAACACCCGAAAACCAGGAUAGGAGUCCUUGCCCUGUGUGAAGAUCCAGUCAAGCGUCUGACGCUCUGCGACGACUACAACGUUCAUAACGAUGAAUUCUUUUUUGACCGGGAUCCGAUGUUUUUCCAUUAUAUCUUCCACUUUUACUGCAGCAACGUCUUGUGGGUGAUGGACAGUCUCUGCCCUGUCAACUUUGAAGAAGAGAUGUCUUUCUGGGGCCUGAAAUUGAAGGACACGCCAAGAUGCUGCCGUAUUCUGUUUGAGGAGAAAGUGGAUGACAUAAGAGACCAACUGAAGGUCAACCAGGAGCUUCUUGAUGAGAUUAAGCCUCACCAGGAUGACGAGGGCUACAAGACCAUGUUUCUUGGCAGCUUUCGGAAGCUUCUCUGGGACCUGAUGGAGAACCCUUACUCCUCCAUGUCAGCCAAAGCCUUUGCUGUGUUCUCCAGUCUCUUUGUGCUCAUCUCAAUCGUCUCCAUGACGCUGAACACGGUGAAAGAGCUCAGGGACUACAAACUGGCCGGCAAAACCUACAUGGAGUGGGUGGAAGUGGGCUCCAUCCUUUUCUUCACCUUGGAGUACUUCUUGCGUUUGGUCACCACCUCUGACAUCAAGCAUUUUGUCAAAAGUGCCCUCAACUUUGUAGACGUGGUGGCCGUCAUGCCAUACUUCAUCCAGAUUAUCUUUGAGACUUUUGUCCUCGAUUCAGAGGACUUCAGCGCGAAGGAAGAUUUGAAGGCCAUGACGAGGGUCAGCAAAGUCAGCAAGGUGCUCAAAGUCGUCAAGCUGAUGCGCAUAUUCCGCAUCCUCAAACUUGCUCGUCACUCUACGGGCAUGAGGGCCUUCGGCUUCACCAUUCGCCAAUGUUCUGAGCAGGUGUGUUGUCUGUUUCUCUUCAUCGCCAUGGGCAUCUUCACCUUCUCAGCUCUUAUGCACUCAGUGGAGGUGGACCAGCCUGGAACGCCAUUCAGCAGCAUCCCGGAUGCCUGGUGGUGGGCAGCGGUAAGCAUCUCCACCGUUGGCUACGGCGACGUGGUCCCCAUCUCCUAUCUGGGUCGCUGCGUAGCCUUUGUCUGCAUCUCAUUUGGGAUCAUCCUCAACGGCAUGCCCAUCUCCAUUCUUUUCAACAAGUUUUCCGACUACUACGCCAAGCUGAAGGAACAAGAAUACACCUUUUCAAACACAGAGCGCACCUUCCAGCUUCGGAAACGUCUGCAGAACAAGUGCGACAGCUGCUUCCAGCCACAAAUGGAGGAUUCUGAUGAUGAGAUCCACUACCGGCCCAGUGGAAGGCAAACUAUUUUUGAAGGGGAAGAGUAACAAAAAUAAAAAGAAAGAGAGUCGGCCAGAUUGGAACUUCGCUCACCUUAAAUGGCCUUAUCACACGUGUCUAGAGUGUGUAGGACCCCCCCAUCUGCUUCCUACUGGACUAUCCAUCCAUCUUCUAUGCCGCUUAAUCCUCAUUCCUACUGAACUAAUUGGAUGUAUUAUGAACAAGCCAAGACAGCUGACGGAGCUUGAAGCUUUUAGAUUUGGAUUGCGUUGGAACAAUAUUGGUGAUGAUAUGCAAACUCAUGCACACCAUUGUCAGUGAAGCACUAUUAACUGUCGCCUGUGUUGUGUGCUUGUAAAUUGUAAAGUGAAAUGGACUGUCAGCGUUUUAUUUAGAGGAGCAAAGAUGCAUGGAUGUGCUCCAUGACUUGCAGAGUGUCAUGUCACGUUUCGUGGUCAGUGUGAAGCGUACCUGGAGCAGCAGGGUGUGUGACUGUGUCGACAGCCGUCAAGUACGACAGUGUAAUUUUUCUUGUCAAGGAUUACUGGGCUUUGCACUUGUGCCUCCUUCCCGGCCAGACAAGGACAAAGCGUAAUCAUGUGAUUUGCUAUUCUGGACAGCACACAUAAUGCGUGUGAUUAUAUGUGCACAAUAAGGUUGAUUUUUUUUGUGUGGUCAUAUAAAGCACUCAGCUUGAAGAGAGCAUUUUUCAGUGUUACUGCACUAAUGAGGCAGAUGACAUGGCAGUGUGUUAGCGGUUGGCAUAAUCCCAACAUGCACCAUAUUCUUUAUCUGGAGGUGCCAAAAGUGAGUCAGGCCAACACCUCACAGCGUGCUGUUGGCUGUCUUACUUCCUCUUAUAUGUUCAUUAAAGCACUUAAACAAAUAUACAA